CCUCACUUUCCUUGUUUCCCCCCAUCACUAACACCACUCUCUGUUCCACCGCUUCCGUGUUGUUGUCUCUGGCUACCUGUUGUGGGUGGAGGUACCGCCUGGAAGCGCGCUCUGUCCAGGUCGAUUAUCACUGUUAAUUCCAGAAAGCUCUGGAAGACGUCGCAUCUUACAAUAAAGGAUAUUACGACAGCAGAAGCAGUGGCACACGGCCAUCCACUCACAGCUCUGUGUACUGCAUAGGUGGCGGCACCCAGGCCUUCACGGCAGUGCUUUUGGCCAAGCUGAUCGACGAGAAUGAGAAACGGCUCGUCUAUGCCCCGCGCGUGGCUGGUUUCCGAGAGAAGUAUGUCCACAACGAGGUUUUGUUCGCGCUCAUUGAGGACCUGAUCCAAGAGCUGGGAGGGGACUCAUGGCAGAAUCUGCUUCAACUGCACAUCCUGCAACCUCUCCGGAUGGCUAGCACUAAGGUGAUUGGCGAUACAGACGAUGUAGACCUUGCCAACCCAGCUGUCAGCGCAAAUGGUGUGCCAGUCAUCAUCGAUAUAGAUUCACACAGUGGCCUGGAAGUCAUCGCCCCUGCCGCGGGUCUGUGCACCUCUGCAGACGACAUGAGCAAAUGGUUCCGCUUCCUCCUGACGAGUGGAAGAGACUCACGCAAUGAACAGCUGGUGAGAAAAGAGGCCCUGGAGUACACUUUCAAGCCCAUACAGACGCUCCUGAACAUCAUCGCCCUUGACCAUCUGAUGAAGGACCACUCCAGCUCGUCUGACCACAACAUCUGCGACAGACUGGACGACCUGGAAAAGCAACAUCCCAAAGUCAAGAAAUCCAGCUACCCUCAGGCAAGUGCUUACCAAGGAGACCGAGAUCUCAACGACUUUGCUGGCUACUACCGGAACUACGCCUUCGGUGACAUCAACAUCCGGUUCAAUGAGAGUGAGAGCGAAGACCUUCUCAUGGAUUACGGAAUGGCUUCAUACAAAUUGGCUCCAACGUAUGAGAACGACACCUUCGCAAUGAUCGCGCAGCCCGGCCCACUGUGGUACUCAACCAACACAGACAUGACCCGUGGCCGUCUGUUUGCGGUCUUCAGCACACAUCCCCUGGACGCGGAGCGAGUGGAAACGGUCACUAUCGCAGGAUUUGACCGCAACAUUGACCCCCAGUUCAGCAGGGACCCACAACGCCCUCGUGUGGAGGGGCGCAGUGAGCCACGCUGCGGAGCUUGUAAUAUCGUCCUCUCCGUGUGGUGCCUAGCGGUUCUCAGUGUUAGUCUCUUCUUCAGAUAAUUAUUUUCUUCUUUCAAAUUUAGUCAGAUUUACACAUCAAUUAAUUGACGAUUGUCUUAGACUGUUGCUGACGCGUAGCGUCAAGUCAUGAUUUUAGAGGCACUUUUUUAAUAGAUAGGCCUAUGCUGGGUAAAAACAAAAAAACUUUUCCAUUUUUACAAGAACAAAAAAAACCCCCAACCAUUACUGACGUAAAUUGAAGCUCAUGCAAAACCUUCCUUUUCGGCAAGGUGUUUUGGCAGGUUGUUCCUUUUCUAUUUGUUUUCUUGAGUAGGAAGUGCUCUUCGUUUUAAAAUAGGGUUCAUUGUGAAAAAAACAAACAUAUUUGCAGCACAUUUUUAACGCUGUAUUCUAAUUGUGAGAGGUGUAGUUUUAAUGGAAGGUUUCAUCAAACGAUGAUAGUCGAGCUGAAUAUAAAUACAAAUACCUGGAUAAUAUGAUGUAUGUACAAGAACUGGUCAUAAGGAAACAGACAUUUGACCAGAUUCUUAUGGGGGGGGGGGGGGCAAUAUUUGAAACUACAGAAUAAUCUGAAUGCCAUACUUGUUCAAACGCUGUAGUUUUUUUUCCAAAAUGAUGAGCACUAAAAUAUUGAUAAAAUAGGAGAAGUAGAGUAGAGUUAUUUUUAUAAUGGCAUAAAGGCUUGGGCACACCAUAAUUCCUGCCCUGUCACUAUUUAUUUCGUUUAAUGCGACAUUUUCUUUGUUGAAUGCUGUGAGAAAAUAUGAGAACUGUGUGACUUUUGUUUGAUUGGGUUUUGGUUCAUAGCUUUAACAUAGGUUUGCACGUUAAAGUGAGUGAGGUUUUUGUUUGACUGAAUGGUACAUCUCAUUGAAUUUCCCAGAGUAUGUUUCAACAGUUCUGUUUUUUUGAGGUUUUUUAAUUCAAUAAAUACUAUGUAGUUCAAGACGGUGGUACUGAAGAUAAGUAAGUUGAGCACUGAAUUCCUCAUUCAUUGGGAUUGCGUCAGCAACAUAUGACUAGAAUAAUAUCUAUAGUCAUAAAUUGUUCCCCUACCAUUCUGUCAAGAGCCAGGGAGGAAUAUAUUAACUCAUUGAUGGGGAUUCAGUGCUGAGAGAAUGCAAAGACAUCUCACUGAAUUUGCAGCUGGACCGGGAAUGAAAAGUACCUACACGUGGAAACUUUCACAAGAGAGUUUGCCCCAAAGGGAACAGCUUUCCCACCAGACAUGAUGUACCAUUUUCUUUCUUCAGUUCCAUCAUAUUAUAACACACCCACCCACUGUGAGAAUGUUUGCAUGGCUGUUGCGAUGAUAAAUAUUUAUAACUUGAGUGAUGCAAUUCUAAUGUUCAUAUUAUAGCAAAUGCUGAAUAGUUGUGUUUAUAUAGUAUCAUAAUAUGAGAACCAUGAAGGAGGUGGAUGACACUGUAGCUGUUUCCAUGUAUUGCUUGCCCGGCAAUGGGUACUAGAGCGCUUUACAUUAUAGAUAGCAAAGAUUGUUCUCCGAUUCUGAAUGGGUUUUUUUGUGUGGUCCGUACUCUCCCUAGUGUAUUUAUGUAUUUAGCUUUUAACUCGUCUUCCUCAAAAGUGACAAAAUACUUAUGUUAAGAAUUAUUAUAAUAUGAUUGAUUCCACUGUCUUGAUAGAUAACAGUAUUUCAGCAGUGUUUUGAGCAUUUAAGCUCCAUAUACAGUUAUUUACAUGUCGAUUCUAUUCGCAAUAUACUUCACUUUCUAAUUGUAUUCUUUACAAUGUGAGAUGAUAGCAUUUUAAAUGUUAUACUCUUGCCAGGUUCCUGUUUUGUUAGAGGAAUAAAAAUGGUAGAUUUCAUUUCAACAGAUCUUUCUUGCAAAAAAAAGAGUGUAGCCUAGUGCAUAUUAGAAUAAUCUUCUCAGUUCCCCAGCACCAUGGCAUGCGAUACCUUAACAAUGUAAAACAAAAACUGCUUUGGUGUGUUUCUUUAGGUAAAGAAGUAGUUAUCAAAAUAAACUGCAAAGUGCAUCUCAUCAAAGGAUGCGUAACACCAUUAUUCAUAUAAUACAUUACCACAAAUUACACAUAGGUCACAUGCAUUAAAACACUUUCAUAAGUGCAGAGUAUGGAACUUUUUCGAACAAGAAAUUUUCAAUCUCUACGAUUAUUUUGACGUGUGUUUAUGUCAUUCUUUUGCACAAGAUAUCUGUUGCAUGCAAUUGGUGAAGUGCCCAUGUAUCUUUUACCGGGUUGAGGAACAGAUAUUUCUUCUUUUCUUCUUGGCAGCCAUGUUUCUACCCUGCUUCUAUUUAUGUAGCCUACGAUUGCACUUGUAAUGCAUUUUCCUCAGUACUAUUGCCUUCAUUGAUUUGCCAUACAAGUAUAUUAUAUAUUUCUGGGUUUCAUUUCUUGUUUUAAAAAUGAAUAAAACAACUAAAACUUCA